AUGACAACAAUUUUUAGAGGUUUUCAUGGAAAUUGUGCUUUAUUGGUAAUUUUAUUAAUAAUUUUUCUUCAGAAUGCAUCAACACUACAUAGAACUUUGCGACAUUAUGAAGUACUUCGCAGUGAAGACUGUAGACACAAAAUUGUUAAGCGCGGAAUUAAACAGAGCUCACACCCCUAUAACGUGAUCAAGGAGGUAGAGUUCAAGACUUUGGGUAAAAAUUUUCGACUUAUACUACACCCGCAUCGUGAAGUAUUACAUAGCAAAUUUAAAGCAUAUAAUGUAGACGGCGACGGUAACGAGACAGUGGUGCAUUUAGAUCAUGAUAGCUUUUUUACCGGGCGAGUAUUUGGUGAAUUAGAAUCAUCCGUAAGAGCGCACAUAGAUGAUGGUUUAAUGACAAUGUCCAUACAUCUGCCGGACGAAACAUAUCACAUUGAGCCAUCGUGGAGACACUUACCACGUUCGGCAGAGAAGACGAUGGUAGCGUAUAGAGUUUCUGAUGUGAAGUUAAAUUGGAAUAAGCAUGGGAAUGGUGGGCAAAUGCCUUGUGGAUAUAUUAAAGAAGGUUUAGAAUUGGAAACUGUUGAUAUGGCAGAUGAUAAUAUGGAUGGCCAUCUACAUCAUGAGAAUGAUAUUACGAAAUCUCGUAGAAAGCGACAGGCGGAUCAGUAUGAAUACACACCUACAAAAACUCGUUGCCCACUUUUGCUUGUGGCUGAUUAUCGUUUUUUUCAAGAGAUGGGAGGAGGGAAUACCAAGACAACAAUAAAUUACUUGAUAAGUCUGAUAGAUCGGGUCCACAAAAUAUACAACGAUACUGUAUGGCAGGAUCGAACUGAUCAGGAAGGCUUUAAAGGUAUGGGGUUUGUGAUAAAGAAAAUAGUUGUUCAUUCUGAACCGACGCGGCUGCGAGGCGGAGAAGCUCAUUACAAUAUGAUUCGUGAAAAGUGGGAUGUGCGCAAUCUACUGGAGGUGUUUUCAAGGGAAUAUAGCCAUAAAGAUUUUUGUUUAGCACAUCUUUUUACUGAUCUAAAAUUUGAAGGCGGUAUUCUGGGCUUGGCAUAUGUGGGUUCUCCUCGCCGUAAUUCCGUUGGUGGAAUUUGUACACCAGAGUAUUUCAAAAAUGGCUACACCCUGUAUUUGAACUCGGGACUAAGUAGCUCCCGAAAUCACUAUGGGCAGAGAGUUAUAACCCGUGAAGCCGAUUUAGUGACGGCACAUGAGUUUGGUCAUAAUUGGGGGUCUGAGCACGACCCAGAUAUACCAGAAUGCUCACCAAGUGCCUCACAGGGUGGAAGUUUUCUCAUGUAUACAUAUUCUGUCAGCGGAUAUGAUGUUAAUAAUAAGAAAUUCUCACCGUGCUCUCUACGUUCGAUACGCAAAGUUUUGCAAGCAAAGUCGGGACGAUGUUUCUCGGAACCCGAAGAAUCAUUCUGCGGUAAUUUGCGGGUUGAAGGCGAUGAACAGUGCGACGCGGGUUUGCUCGGUACCGAAGACAAUGACGCUUGCUGUGAUAAGAACUGCAAAUUGCGUCGAAACCAGGGAGCAGUGUGUAGCGAUAAAAAUUCACCUUGCUGCCAAAACUGCCAAUUCAUGCCGGCAGGAAUGAACUGUCGGGACGCCCAGUACGCAACCUGUGAGCAGGAGGCACGCUGUUCGGGUACUCAUGCCGAAUGUCCGAAAUCUCCGCCAAUGGCUGACGGAACAAUAUGCCAAGAGCGAGGUCAAUGCAGAAACGGUAAAUGCAUACCAUUUUGUGAGACUCAAGGCUUGCAGAGCUGUAUGUGCGACAUCAUACAAGAUGCUUGCAAACGUUGCUGCCGUAUGAGCAUAAACGAAACCUGUUUUCCAGUGGAGCCUGCCGAUAUGUUACCCGAUGGUACUCCAUGCAUUCAAGGAUUCUGCAACAAGGGUGUGUGUGAAAAAACGAUUCAAGAUGUUGUAGAACGCUUUUGGGAUAUCAUCGAAGAGAUAAAUAUCAAUCGCGUUUUACGUUUUUUAAAAGACAAUAUUGUCAUGGCCGUCGUAGUUAUCACUUCAAUAUUUUGGAUUCCAGUCAGUUGUGUAAUUUCAUACUUUGACCGCAAAAAACUACGUCACGAAAUGAAACAGUUGGAAUGGAGUAGUAAACUUGAUUUAAUUCAUCCCAGCGAUCGCCGACGAGUUAUACACAUCAGGUGCGUGUGCGCGCGCGCGGGUGCACCCCGGUCAGCAUGCGAAAGCAAUUAACACAUAGUGCCGCGUCAAAAAAUAUCUGUAUCGCGAAUGUAACAAGUGUUGCUAUAAAAUGAAGCGGAUAAACGGGUGCAUACGAAUUACUUAAUUUAUAUACAGGAGAUCAGAUGAAACGCACACAGCUUUUUCAAUGUACAUGCCAAAAUCAUAUGUAUAUUUAUGCAGCCGUGACUGAAAGUAUUUCGACUCUGGAUAACAUUGUACCAUAUGUUGCAUCCUGUUUAUACUGUCAUGUCUAAUCUUUGGUCAAUCGGUUGUUUAAAAUUUAUUUAAUUUCUGUAAUAUCCUCUCGAAAUAAUAAUCAAGAAACGGUAGCAAAAUUGCCUUAACCUUUACAAUCCUGCCGUAAAAUCAUGGAGUGAAAACGCCUGAGUAUAAACACUUUUAGUCAAGGAUGCGUUUUGUAAAUACACAUGUAAUUGUACAUACCCAUACGCUGUAUGUAUACACACAAUCAAAUUUUGUAAAUCACGUUCAAUAAUGAAAAUCGAUUUCUUUUAGACUUAA